UAAACAGUGCCAGGCGGCUCCGAGGGAGGUGGAAAAAACAACAAGCAAGCCCGGUCCACUCUCGCUGCGGACAGGCCGGAGGCGGGAAGGUUGGAUGAAGAACAGGGGGUGGAGAAGAGACGGAGGUGGUGGCCGAAGCUCCACCCCGCUCGGGGCCGUUCUCCUCCCAGGCGGAGGGAUUGUGACGCUCGCGGCGCUGGAACACCUGAAGCCACGACGGGAGCGGGCAACGUGAGUGUUGGAAGAAAAUAACAAAAGAUGGACGGCCACAAAUACAGUUAUUCAAGGGAUUUUUAUGAUCGGUAUGCCCAAGGCCAAGAGAAGUCUGUGGUCAAUAAAAUGCAGCAGAAAUACUGGAAGACAAAACAAACUCUUAUCAAAGUCACAGGAAAGAAGGAGGAUGAACAUGUGGUGGCCUCGGAUGCAGAUCUGGAUGCAAAACUGGAGCUGUUUCAUUCUAUUCAGAGGACAUGUAUGGAUUUACUUAAAGCAAUUGAACUAUAUCAGAAAAGGAUUUGUUUUCUGUCUCAGGAAGAAAAUGAAUUGGGAAAAUUUCUCCGAUCUCAAGGUUCUCAGGAUAAAACCAGAGCAGGCAAGAUGAUGCAAGCUACAGGAAAGGCCCUCUGUUUUUCUUCUCAACAAAGGUUGGCAUUGCACACUCCUUUGUGCAGGCUAUACCAAGAAGUGGAGACGUUUAGAUUCAGAGCUAUUUCUGAUACGUGGUUGACAGUGAAUCGAAUGGAGCAGUGCCGGACUGAAUACCGAGGAGCUCUAUUGUGGAUGAAAGAUGUGUCUCAAGAGCUGGAUCCUGAUCUUUACAAACAGAUGGAGAAGUUUAGGAAGGUUCAAGCACAGGUCCGCCAUGCAAAACUGAACUUUGACAAACUGAAAACUGAUGUCUGUCAAAAAGUGGAUCUUCUUGGAGCAAGCAGAUGUAAUCUUCUGUCUCAUGUGCUGACGACAUACCAGACAACCCUUCUUCAUUUUUGGGAAAAAACAUCUCAUACCAUGGCAGCUAUCCAUGAAAGUUUCAAAGGGUAUCAGCCAUAUGAAUUUACAAUGUUGAAGAGUUUACAAGAACCUGUAAACAAACUAACAGACAGUGAAGAAAAAGACGAGGAAUUGCAGCUAGAUAAUGCCACAUUAGAAGAUGAUCAGCAGAGUCAAUUGAUUUUGUUAGAUGAGGACAGCCGCACCAAGGAAUCAACCAGCUCAGCAGAAGAUACUAAGGACAUCCUGGGUAAUUUUGGGGACAGCUUCCACUACAGAGAGAAUUCAGGAGCUAUAGAUGACUUACUAGACUUGAAACUUGAGGAAAAUGCAGCAUCAAAGGACCCACUGGCAAAUUCCUUGGAACAUGAGGUUACUGAUAAGGAUGAUAUGGUAUUACUGAUUGAGAUUCUCAAUGCAUCUUCUUUGGAUGACGGUGAAUUCAGCAGAGAAUGGACAGCUGUCUUUGGAGAGGAUCCACUUGCUGACAUAGCCACAAACUCUUCUGUAGGAGAAAUGGAGAGUAAUCAGUCAUCAGCAUCAACAUCAGGCUUUCUUCCUUCUCAGCUUUUAGACCAAAAUAUGAAUGAUUUGCAGUCCUCCCUUCAAGGUUGGGCAGCCAGCAACAUUAGCCCUUCUCCUGCUCCGCAGACAACUCAGAAAUCCAACAGCCUGAACAUGGCCAUCAACAAGACACCUAUGAAAGAAGCUGCAAGUUCCUCUAAAGAUCUAACUGCAUGGUUUAGCCUCUUUGCUGAUUUGGACCCCUUGUCCAACCCAGAUGCUGUUGGGAAAACAGAUAAAGAACAUGAAUUGCUCAAUGCUUGAGUUGUCUGCCUGUGAUAACUCUCACAUCAAAAAUACAUUUCUUGGGGCUUUAGAAGAUUUAAAACCAGAUCAGUGUACUGUUGUGCAACUUCUGACAUCUGUGCCAUUAUAAUAAAAUCAAGGGAUUCACCUUAUCCUUUCUAUAGGUAACAGUUA